AUGACGGCGAAUGAUGUGGCCAGUCUACAAGUUUCUUUACCUCAAAUGUUAGAUUUAGCAUUGGGGACUCCAGAAGUUGGAGCAGUAAAUUUAAAUAUCCUUCAUAAUUUUCUUCAUAUUCUACUACAUCACAUAAAUUUAAAAUCGACUAAGGUCGAGUAUCGUGGUGAUGAUGCUAAACGAAUCAAGACAUUAGUAAGUUCUCUAAAAGAAGGUCCUUCGCUUUAUCUUCAAGAAUACAGUAUUAUCGAUGAUAAGGAUGUAGAGAAAAAACGAGUUCGUCCCGAUGUAGGUGUAAGAGUGGAUGUGAUUGAAGAUGAAGAUUUAAAGAAGACAGAGGGUGUAAGACAAAAAAUUGGUCCUGGAAUAGAUGAAGAAGUGAAGACAAUUAUCUAUAUCGAACCGAUCGUUGAUGGUGCAAUCCCUAGUGCUUUAGCUUUUAAACAACUCGAACAAAAUGUAAGAAAUUUUAUCUUUAUAUAAACUCAAAUAAUCUUUCUUCAUUAUCUAUCUUUUAUUAUAUUAUUCUUUUCUUUUCGAAAUUCGAAAAUGCUAAAUUGCUAAAACAUAUUGUCAUUCCCCAUUUCUUUCCUCAUUGACACGAAAUAAAUAAUAACACGGGAGAAAAAUAUUGGGCACAAAAUUGUACGAUUAUUUGUUAUUUAAUUCAAAAUAUUUGAACAGAUCAGCAAUCUUCA